ACCCAGUAAAAAUGUGGACCGAACUCGGCGUCCUAAUUACAACUCUCGUGGUGAUCCAGGGUCAAUCGACCUCUGAGGAGUACGGCGGCUACCGACUAAACGAGAUAUACUUACCAUCGAGAUACGUGGUUGACCUCGAGGUGUCCCAAGAUGUCUUCGACGGCGCAGGAGUGGCCUUUUCCGGAAAAGUCUCGAUCACAUUUGAAAUCAGCGAAUCGACCGACGUGAUUCGUAUACAUAAGCAGAACGCCAUCACCAGUUUGACCUUGUUUUCGGGUUCGACACCAAUCACCGUCAGCAGUUUCGAAAAAUACAACUCUACCACCGAAAUAUUAACCAUUGAGCUGAGUCAAAGCCUAGUUGUCGGCACAACUUACACCCUGAACAUAGAGUACAACGGGGAUCUAGACACCACGAGUAUGAGCGGGUUCUACCUGAGCAGCUACAGAACGAGCUACGGCGCUACGGAGUACCUGGUGACCACCCAGUUCCAGCCCACUCACGCGAGGCACGCGUUCCCUUGCUUCGACGAGCCACAGUACAAGGCAACUUUUCUGAUUAGUAUAACGCAUCCCGCAGCGUACAAUGCUCUGAGCAAUAUGCCUCAAGCUCAACUAGACCCGAUUAACACCACGUACGCGAAGACGACUUUCAAGGAAACGCCGAGGAUGUCGACUUACUUGGUCGCGUUCAUCGUGUCGAACUUCUCUUGCAGCUUGGGCGAAGUCAUCGAUGUCGACACGCCCCAUCAGGUAUGUUCCAGAAAGGAACAGGCUCAGUAUAGGGACUUGGCGGUGAGGCUCGGAUCAGUUAUUAUGAACAAAUUGGAAACCAUUACCGGAUUGAAAUACGCUCAGCAGCUGCCCAAGAUGGACGAGGUCGCUAUACCAGAUUUCUCAGCCGGCGCCAUGGAAAACUGGGGUCUGGUCACUUACCGGGAGACCGGUUUGCUGUACAGCGAGGAAGACUCCUCUAACUCGUACAAGAAGAGCAUCGCGCAAGUGAUUGCUCACGAAUUCACCCACAUGUGGUUUGGAAAUUUGGUCACGUGCAAAUGGUGGGACUAUACGUUUUUAAACGAGGGCUUCGCGAGACUGUACCAGUACUUCGCAGCUGCUUUGGUCGAGGAGCUGUCAGAUUGGGAGUUGGACAAGCACUUCGUCGUGGAACAGGUGCAUACGGCUCUACUGACCGACUCGUCAUUGAGCGCCGACUCGCUCACUUCGAAAGCUUCUAGUCAAUCGCAGGUGUCGAACAAAUUCAGUACCAUCACGUACAAUAAGGGAGCGGCGGUACUCCGUAUGAUCGAACACGUCAUAGGGGCUCAGAACUUCUUGUCGGGAAUACAUAGUUAUCUGGAUACAUACUCAUACAAGGCCACGACGCCGAAGAAUCUCUGGGACGUCCUCCAGCGUUUCGCUCCUACGAAUUCUUUGCCGAGCGACGCGACCCUUGAAGUGGUCAUCGAGAAUUGGGUCGAAAAGUCCGGUCACCCUCUGGUGACAGUGACCAGCAGCGGAAACGACGUCAUAUUAUCCCAAACGAGAUUUUUGCUGAGCGGCUCCGAGGACAGGGAGUGGUAUAUACCGAUUAGUUACACCUUGUCCAACGACACCAAGGGUUUCGCCAACACCUCUCCCAAAUUUUGGCUGCGCCCGGGUCAGGCUUACACUCUGAGCAAUGCCAUCAACAACCAAGGGUGGAUUAUUAUCAAUAAUCAGCAGUCGGGUUUCUACAGAGUUAACUACGACACAGCCCUCUGGUCCAGGAUUAAAGAGACCCUGCAGGAAAAUCACACAGAGAUCGACGUCCUUAAUCGAGCUCAGCUGCUGAACGACGUGUACAACUUCGCGAGGUCCGGUUUGUUGAAGUACUCUGACGCUAUGAGUGUGUUCUCGUACCUGAAGAACGAGGUGGAGUACUACCCGUGGUAUUCGGCCAUAGUGGGGUUGAACCACCUUCUGCAGAGGAUUGGUUACGAGUCCACGAUCGGAAGGAGACUCAUAGCUCACCAGCUAGAAAAUCUGGACAAAGUUUACGCGACUGUGCCCUUUAGCAAACUCGAUUCGAAUAACCAGGUGUACACCAUGAAGCAAGUGGCGAUCCUGACCAGAGCUUGCAGGUACGGAUUGACCAGCUGUGUGGAAGAGGUCAAAGGCUUAUUUGAGCGAUACAAGAGCGGAAACAGCGUUCCAAAGAAUCUAAGAAGUAUCGUCUACUGUAACGCCUUAAGGUACUCCACCGACCUCCACACUGACUUCAACUUCUUGUGGGACAAAUUCCAAAGCGCAUCCCUCGCCUCGGAAGUUGUAACGAUCCUGGGCUCUUUCGGGUGUGCGCAGGAUGCUUCCCACAUAAAAUGGUUCCUGAAACAAACGAUCAACGCUACCUCCGGAGUCAGACUGCAAGAUUUCUCGACUGCAUGGUCGGGCGUUUACUCAAGCGGGGGACGGAUCGGUGCCGUCGCCGCCAUGGAGUUCAUCGCCGAGAACUAUGCCGAGCUGACCGCUUACUAUAGCGGCGUCGGGUCUUUAAUAUCGACUAUCGCCAACUACUUCUUCGAGGAGAGCCAGCUGGAGUCGAUCCAGAAAGUAUUGAACGUGUCGACGCUUUCCAACGGUCAUCGAGCUACAGCCAACAGCGCCAUCACCAGCGCUAGGUCGAACAUCGCUUGGGCCUCCUCCAAAGCCGAAGACGUAUCUGCGUUUCUCGACGAGCUACAGUCAUCGGGCGCUGUUCACCUAGCGUCUUCUGCUCUACUGAUUGCGAUUGGCGCUCUAGCUUUUAAUAGAGGACUGGUUUUGUAAAAUAUGCAUGUAGAUAUUGAAAUAAAUUUGUUGCGAAAUGUG